AUGAGAGAUCACCUGUCCAGCUUUGACCAGAGCCUUAACGACAUCCGAGCCAGUCAAGGUCAGCAUACCCGUUCCUUGGAUGACAUCCGUCGUGCUCAAGAUGCCCAAGGCAGGGUGUUGGAACAGGCCGUGCAACAGCUCCAAGCUGAGGCUUUGCGUGUUGCGAAUGACAACAUGAAGACGCAGCUGGAAGCUCAGGAACUUCGCCUCAAAAUGGCACACGAGAAGGAGACGAGAACUAUGCAGGAGAGGCGCAGAAAUGAGGCGGAACGAUGGCAGCAGGCGAACAAAGAUUUCGCAGACGCAGACAAGACUCAACUGGCUCAGAUCCGGAAGCUCGAGGCGGAAAACGCGAAGCUGAACACGGAAAGCAAGGAGCAAGACCGGAUUAACCGCACCUUGCGAAUGAGUGGAAAGCAAGCGGCAGAAAAAGACACGCUGACUGGAGCUUUGCUUCAAUUGACAUUGCCCAUCAGCAACCUGCCCAAGAAGUACAACACCUUCGUCGGUAGCGGUGGCGGCCAGCUGUCCGGAGGACCUUUGGAUGAUUGGUGGCUGGACUAUAGACCUGUGGAUGAUUGGUGGCUGGUCGGAUCCAAUUGGAAGGUCAUCCCGCCUGACAUCGGGGCAUUGGUGCCGCAGACCCCCGUCCUGGCCGCCCAUCGGGGCAGUGGUGCCGCAGACCCCGCCCUGGCGGCCUUCAGCGUCCCCGUUGCAUAUGGGGCCGACAACUCCACCCCCUGGAGUGACGCCAAGCAUCCUCAUGCUUUCGCCUACGUCGCCGGCAUUGAUGGCUACUGGGCCGGCGAUGGCAACCAUCCACGAGCUGCUGCAGCUGCCGAUGGCCCCGACCUCGACAUAGCCUUCGACGGCCCCAGCAAUGGGCUGGCAAUGAGGACAUCGAUGUCCCCGGAGAGCCGGGGUGCAGCAAUGCGAGUCUUCCUGGCCGCACCCAUCGGAUCACCGGGCGGGGACAUGGGCGGAUCUGGCGAUGUGGUGAUGGCCUCCCCUUUUGAAGCACAGACCGAUUCCAGUACGUGGCUGAUAGCCACACCCUUAAGCCGGGGGCCUGUGGAAUCCAGCCGUGAUUUCACACAACUUCUACCGGUUACGGACGAGGAGCUCGACAAGAUGUACGGCAGCAGGGCUGCCGAGGUGAAGGCCCACAAACUUCAGAUUGGAGAAGUGAGAUCGGACCCCAACCUGCCGGGUGGCUAUAUUUACCUCGUGGCCAAGCACAUCAUAGAGAAUGGAGAGGAGGAACGAAAGCGCAAGGUGGCAACGAUAGCACCACGUGUCGCAACAUCGGCCCCCGCACGGGGAGCCGCAGACUCCGCGACCUCGGGUGCUGGUGCCCCUGCAGCUGCUCCACGUGCAGACCCUCCUGCCACUGGCACGCCGGCUCCCUCGACCAGCAACGAUGAGCCAAAACCUCCUCCGCCAAAGAAGCCAAAGCUUACACAGGCAGAAAAGGCUGCCAACAUGACGCCUUUGGAGAAGGGCAAUGAUCUUGCCAACCGUGGUCUCGCCAAGAAAACCACCACUGAAAAGUAUAUCACCAUGCUCAAGUGCCUGACCUUUGGAGCUGGAUUGGUGGAACACCUGGGAAAGUAUGUGAAUCUGUGGCAGCAGCUCUACGAGCAAGUGGUUCAAUUGACACAGAAGAAGAUUGACGAGGAAAGCCCCUACAUCCCGUACGUCACCAAGUACGUGCAGCUGCUGAAAGAUUUCGAGGAUGUGGAAAGUGCUGCUUCGGCCAUGGCCAAAAGCGACCCGCCGAUCCAGAUGAACCAGUGGAUGAUAGGAAUGCUGCUGAUAUGGACAGUCAUGGUGCCAGACUUCUGGCCGAAGAGGUGGGUGGAGGUUAUGUCUGUAGCUCGUGCCGCUGCGAUCACCGCUGCAUUUGUCAAAGACGGUGUUCGCAAAACCUCUGCCAGAAAGUUGGCGAAAUCAUCGAGAGACAGAGACCUAUUCAAAUGGGUCAAGCUUCCUUGGGAGCCCUACGAAGUCAAUAUCCCUUUGAUAAAACGUCGCUCUGCAGACAAAGAAGUUAUGGACGAGAAAGUGGGUAUUGUGCUGCCCACUGAUCUUAUCUGCCACAUGUACGACACCGAUGCCUUCGCUCUAUGCAUAUUUGGGGAUUCGGGCAAGCCGAGCCUGCUCUCAUACUGGCAAUCCGAAGACCAGGAUUGGCUGAACCGCACCGGCAUCUCCUCUGCUGACUUGCAGCAUUGCAUACCGCUUUUUUUCCACGAGGAUAGUGUGCCGAGCUUCAAAGAAGAGAGUUAUACAUUCUGGUCGUGGGCAGCGCUUUCCUCUCGUGGGGCAUGGACGAGUCGUAAUUGUAUUGUUGGCCUGCCCUCUUCACGUGUGCUGCUGCAGACAAGGUCUGCUGUCGUCUCUGUAUUGAAAUGGAAUUUGGAUGCAUUGGCACGUGGCACACACCCGGAGGUCAACCACCUGGGUAGACCGUGGCCUCCCGGCACCCGUGCAGCGAGAAUUGCCGGUACUCAAAUUGCAGGCCCAUACUUUGGUCGAUUUUCCUGCUGGCAGGGUGAUAUGGAAACAAGGGCAUUGGCACAUUGUUUGGAUGGCAGACAUUACCGACACUGA